AUGGCAGACAGGAGGCGGAUCAACGGUCCCGUGGGCGGCACCUUGCCCCCAGUUUUUGCUGGUGACGAGACGACGGUCUUGACAGAAAAAGCGACAGCCAGGAGCAGGCCCGUCAACACAGCCCGACCAAUAUUCCUCAAAACUGGCGUCACUCCUUCGGCGUCUGGCUCUGCAUACCUUGAGGUCCAGACAUCAGCAAAGCCUGGAGUCUCCGGUCUCAAACUGAGCUGCACAGUUCAUGGACCAAGAGCACUACCAAGAUCAACGCCCUUCUCGCCGCACAUUAUCCUCACCACUCACGUCAAGUAUGCGCCCUUCGCAACAAAGCAGAGACGGGGCUAUCUGAGAGACUCGACGGAACGUGAUCUGAGUAUCCACCUCGAGACAGCAUUACGGGGAGCUAUCAUCGCAGACCGCUGGCCUAAGAGCGGUGUCGACAUCAUCAUCUCAGUAAUCGAAGGGGAUCAGGACCGGAGUCUCAGCCUUGGCAACCACGACGAGGCUUGGGACACGAUGAAUGUCCUGGCGGGAUGCAUAACGGUAGCAUCAGCCGCUCUGGCUGACGCCGGCAUCGACUGUGUCGAUACGGUCGCAGGAGGCGUGGCAGCUCUGGUGAGCGGCGGCGAGAGCAGUGACUCAAAGCCGGAGAUAGUGGUCGAUCCUCUGGCCUCCCAGCAUGACAACGUCCUUGCAGCUUGUUGUGUUGCGUAUUUACCAGAACGGGAUGAGAUCACAAACCUGUGGUUCAAGGGAGACUUGCCUGCAACAGACGCCACACUGUACACGGGAAUGGUUGAGAAGGGCGUCCUGGCCUCUCAAAGUGCUAACCGUGUGCUGGUUGGUUGUUUGAAAGAUGCUGCAGCUCAAAAUAGCUGA